CCUUGGCUGAUCCGCCGCCGCCGCUGUCGUCGGCGAUGAAGCUGAUGGAGCCGGCGGCGUCCGCGACGGCCGGGCCGUAUCCGGGGGGCAAGAUGGGGUCGUACACGGGGAGGGAUCCCGGCGUGAAGAAGCCCGGGUGGCUGCGGCAGAGGGCUCCCCAGGGGGAGAGGUUCGACGAGGUGAAGGACUCGCUGUCCCGGCUCAAUCUGAAUACCGUUUGCGAGGAGGCUCAGUGCCCUAACAUUGGGGAGUGUUGGAAUGGCGGAGGAGAUGGUAUUGCCACUGCCACGAUCAUGCUUCUCGGGGAUACCUGCACCCGUGGCUGUCGGUUUUGUGCCGUCAAGACUAGCCGGAACCCUGCGCCGCCUGAUCCAAUGGAACCGGAAAAUACUGCGCAGGCUAUAGCAAGUUGGGGAGUGGAUUACAUAGUCCUAACAAGUGUUGAUCGUGAUGAUAUACCUGAUGGUGGAAGUGGUCAUUUUGCUCAGACUGUCAAGGCCAUGAAGAAGCUCAAGCCAGAGAUCAUGGUCGAGUGUUUGACAUCUGAUUUUCGGGGUGACUUAACUGCCGUAGAGACUCUUGCUCACUCUGGAUUGGAUGUUUUUGCUCACAAUAUUGAAACUGUGAAGCGGCUUCAGCGCAUUGUCAGAGACCCUCGUGCUGGGUAUGAGCAAAGCCUAUCAGUCCUAAACCAUGCAAAGUUGAGCAAGGAAGGAAUGAUAACAAAAUCUUCUAUAAUGUUGGGCCUUGGAGAAUCUGAUGAUGAGUUGAAGGAAGCCAUGGCUGACUUGAGGGCAAUAGACGUUGAUAUCUUGACGCUUGGACAAUAUUUGCAGCCUACUCCACUCCACCUGACAGUAAAAGAGUAUGUAACCCCAGAGAAGUUUGCUUUCUGGAAGGAAUAUGGGGAGUCCCUAGGAUUCCGAUAUGUAGCCAGUGGUCCACUGGUCCGAUCCUCCUAUAGGGCUGGGGAGCUCUUUGUGAAGACAAUGGUGAGAGAAAGGUCCAAGGCUAAUUAAUGACAGUGCUGGAUUUUCUCAGUAAAAUCAUCGCCCUUAUUGGUAGACUUAGAUACUGAAUUACUGAAGCAAAGAGCAACUACUGAAGGAACAGAUAUCAGUUUCAAGAAGUUCCAUGAAUCAGGGAUAUUGAUUGAAGACCUGGUAGGACCGCCUGCAGACUUAUUUUCGCAGUUCCUGUGAAUAUUAAGGUUAUGAGGAUUUCAAAGUCAGUACCUGGUUUAUUUCAGUGAGGUUCUUUAUUUGUUGUUUUCAUGAAUUAUACUUGCAUUUAAAAGGGGAAGCUGAAAAAUUCUUGACAAUGAAUCGAUUUUCUCUCUAUUUGAUUUUAUGUAUGGAUUCUGGUUUGAAAUUCAAAGAUAUUGAAGGCAACAGAAGUUUAGUUCCUUUCUUUCA